AAGAGGGUGUUGUCAUUCAAUUCUUUCAUGCAUGUGACAGAGAGAGAGAGAGAGAGCAGUCAUUCAAUUCUUUCGUGCUUGCAGUAGAGAAAGAGCAGUAAUUCACUCCUUGUAUGCAUGUGGUGCAGAGAGAGAGAGCAUUGAAUCCCUUCAUGCAUGUGGAGUUGUGGUUGACUGGUUUUGCAUGAACCACAUUAAGGAUCAGUCCUACUGUCCAUAUGCAACUGACCAGAAAGCUGAGAAGCCAUUAUUAUUCUUAUCCUAGAAGAGAAGCCCAUCACAGAAUUCUAGAGAAAGGAACGAAGUGACCAAUAAAUAAUUGCAAGAAGCAGUGGGCUUUGAUCAAUAAAAGGCCAGCAUUGAACCCCAAUUGCUCAGAGUAUCAGCCAUGGCCAGAUUCAGGGUACCCCUGUUUCUGAUACUUGGUCUUUUUGUCUGUCAUCUCUGCUAUUGCGAACAGGUAAAGAAGCAGGAAACAGCAGUAAUUGUUGGGACAGUGUUCUGUGACACUUGUUUCAAUGGAGACUUCUCAGAGAGCAGCCACUUCAUUCAAGGAGCCCUUGUUGCAGUAGAAUGCAGAGACAGAACAGUGAAGAAGACCUUCACAAAAGAAGUGAAAACAAAUCAACAUGGCCAAUUCGAGGUCAAGCUCCCAUUUUCAGUUUCCCAUCAUAUCAAAAGAAUCAAAAGAUGCUCAGUUAAACUUGUUUCAAGCAGUGAACCCUACUGUGGUGUGGCUUCCAUGGCUGAAUCCUCCUCUCUACACUUGAAGUCUAAGAGAGCAGGGCUUCACAUUUACUCAGCUGGUUUCUUCACUUUCAAACCAUUAAAACAACCAGACCUUUGUAACCAAAAACCAAAUCCUAACACUAAAAUUGACCCUCAAUUUGGCCCCAAAAAGACUUACAUUUCUCCAUGGAUAAACCUUCCACCUCUGCCAGCUUUACCCCAACUUCCACCUUUACCUGCGUUGCCAAGCCUCCCACCAAUGCCAAAUUUAGGCCCCCCUCUUCCAAGGCAACCAUCUCUGCCAAAUUUAACUCCACCUCUCCCAAAUUUAGCUCCACCUCUGCCAAAUUUGGACCCAAUUACAAAAACCCCAACUUUACCUGACCCAUCAGCCCCAAUCCCAAAGGAUCAAUCUCUGCCAAAUUUAGCCCCAAUUCCAAAACCACCAAAUUCAGAUCCACAAUCAACUGAAAAGACAGAGAAACCAGUAAACCCAAGUUUCUUCUUCCUUUAUCCACCAUUUUUACCAUCUCCACCAUCAAUACCACUAUUGCCAUCUCCACCUUCAAUACCACUAUUGCCAUCUCCACCUUCAAUACCACUAUUGCCAUCUCCACCUUCAAUACCACUAUUGCCAUCACCACCAUCAAUUCCACUUUUACCAUCUCCACCAUCAAUUCCAUUUUUACCAUCUCCACCUGCUUUCAGUUUCCCACCAAUUCCCUUCUUUACUCCACCACCUCCUCCUCCACUAUUUUCUUUUCCUCCUCUGAUUCCUGGAAUUCCACCAUUGCCUACAUUGCCACCAUUGCCACCAUUGCCUCCAUUGCCUAGGAUUCCUGGUCCUCCUCCAGCUAAAAAACCUGCUCCUUAAUCCUUGGUUGUUUUGUAUGAGUGGAUUUUAAAAAUCACUUUAUGGGGUGUGAUUUUCUUGAAUAACUAGCUGUAAUUUCUGUGUAUUUUUAUCUUUUUUCUUGCUUUCUUUUACGUAUAACUGGCUGUAAUUUCUGUGUAUUUUUAUCUUUUUUCUUGCUUUCUUUUAUGUAUGACUGGCUGUGAUUAGUGGGUGCUUCCCCUUUUAUUUUCUGUUUUUCUUUUAUUUUAUUUUCUCUGCUUUUUGGAAUAAGUAGGUGGAUGUGUUCAGUAGUUGUUUUACUGUUUCUUUUUUUAAUCAAUAACAGGUUGCAUUCAGUGGA